UCUUGCUUUUCUUCCUUGCUUUUCUCUAGCCCCUAAUUUUUUCAAUUUUCCUUCUUUUCCAUCCAACAUUUUAUUUUUGGGGGAUUAAUUUCUUUUUGGCCCUCCUCUACAUCAAUUUGCAUAUUGCAUCAUUUGUUCAAAAGGUCUAAUUUUUUUUUACCCUCUUCUUGUUUUUUUUUGUCAUGAAUACUUAAUUGUUAAUUACGUUUUGAAGCCUACCAUAUUAAGUUAAUUACCUCCUAAUUGUUAUUGGAGAUUCGUAAUUAAGAUUUAUACCAUCAUUAUCAUUACAGAUAGAGAUUACUUACGUCGAAAUUUCGUGUUUGUUAAUAUAAAAUGGAUCAAGCGGAGCUUAAAAGAGUAUUCCAAAUGUUUGAUCGUAAUGGAGAUGGUAAGAUUACAAAGAAGGAGUUGAAUGACUCGUUACAAAACUUGGGAAUUUACAUCCCAGAUAAGGAACUUACUCAAAUGAUCGAAAAAAUCGACGUGAAUAAAGAUGGGUUUGUUGAUAUGGAAGAGUUUGGAUCAUUGUAUCAAACAAUAAUGGAUGAAAGGGAUGAAGAGGAAGAUAUGAGGGAAGCUUUUAAUGUGUUUGAUCAAAAUGGAGAUGGUUUUAUUACAGUUGAAGAAUUGAGAUCAGUUUUGCAAUCAUUGGGUUUGAAACAAGGAAGAACAAUAGAUGAUUGUAGGAAAAUGAUUAGCAAAGUUGAUGUUGAUGGUGAUGGAAUGGUUAAUUAUAAGGAGUUUAAGCAAAUGAUGAAAGGUGGUGGAUUUGCUGCUUUAGGUGCAUAGAGGAAAUUAACAUAAAAAAAAGACGGACGAAGAAAUGUAUCUCUAUUCUAUAUGGGAAAAAAAGGGGACGCUGAAAUUUAAAAUCCCUAUUAUAUUCGUUAAUAGAGGAGGAAGUAUGAGAAGAGAUAAUAACCCUAGUAAGGUUUGUCAUUUGUAUGAAUUUAUGGAACAAUGUUUUUUUGUCAUUCUUUUAAGACCUAGAUUUCCAAUGAUGAAGUUUUUGUUCACAUUGAAGAAUUGUAGUAAAUGUCUCCAUUUUUUGUUUUGUUGAUUC